UUAUUGUUUUAUAUUGUGCUAAAAUUGUAUCUAUGAAAGCAGGAUUUUAAGAAUAGUAAACAUAUUUUGUCACAUAAUUCGUACUUCUUUUUUAAUUUGGGCCGUAUAUUUAUUUCGUGGCUUCGAGCUGCAGCUGUAGUAUUAAUAAUAACAGUGUUUUCGUGCGGUUGAUAAGUAUUCAUUGUUUCGAGAAAAGAGCAAGCUUUUCUCCCAAAAUUACGCGUUCUAGUUGAAAAUCAUCGGUCUUUGACAUAACCUACUUUACAAAUUUAAGAAAAUUCAAAUGCCCCAGGUCAAAAUCACUGUAAACUAGUGUAAUUACUCCAUUAUAAAAUAACUAAAUAAGUUACAGAACAUAGAUACAUUUAAAAAGUACAAGUUGUUGAAUUGUAUUGAAGUUUGGUCUUUUAUGUUAAACUUCAUUUAUUAAUCUAAAGAAGAAAAGUAGAAAUGAUUAUCACUGUGAAAAAUUUGCAGCAACAGACAUUCACUAUUCAAUUCGACCGCGAAAAGACGGUCCUCCAAUUAAAGGAGAAAAUAUAUGAUGAACGCGGACCGGAAUACGUUGUUGAAAAGCAAAAGCUUAUAUAUGCAGGUGUUAUACUAAAGGAUGAACGGACCAUAGCUUCAUAUAAUGUAGAGGAAAAAAAAUUUGUCGUGGUAAUGCUCAAGCGAGAUGUUGGUAAUUACUCACAAAAGCCAGACGAUGGCGCCUCAUCCACAUCUUCUGAAACUCCAUCGACCCCUUAUAGUGAAACUUUAAAAGAUACUCCGAAGAAUAAAGAUGAAAAGAAGAAAGUAUCCAAAGAAAAAAGUGGUGGAAAUGGAAGCUGUCAUGAAGAGACGAAGUCUGCAGGCAGUGGUGGUAGCGGCGGUAGUGAUGACAGUGACGGCAGUGGUGAAGCUAGAGCUGUUUUAGAAGCUGUAGGCAGUAAUACCAGCAUCUUGUCUACUGGUUCGACUACUUCUCUUUUGUCGCGCAGCAGUGGUGGUUCCGAUAGUUCUGAAACUAGCCAUAGUACAUACUCCAGUGGUGAUCUUGCCGGCGUCUUCUCAAACACGUCUUUGCAAUCACGUGCUGAAUCUAAUUUACUCAUGGGUGAAGAGUUCAAUCGUACAGUCGAAUCCAUGAUAGAAAUGGGUUAUUGUCGUGAAAUGGUUCUACGCGCUUUGGCAGCUAGUUUCAACAAUCCAGAACGGGCAGUAGAGUACCUUAUUAGUGGUAUACCCGACGCACCAGAAGAAUUUAAUGCAGCCUCAGCAGCUGUCGCGGCUAUUGGGGAAAGUGUUUCAAUGCGUAGCAUCGCCGCAAGCAAUGAAGACAAUAACACUUCUCAAGGAGAAGCAGCUUAUCGACCAAGUGGCGGCGAGAGCGUCGGUCCCAAUCCAGUGGCUAGUGGUGACAACUCAACUACUCACCAAGGCGAAGGUCGCUGUGCAGACCUAAGCCCUGCUGGAAGUCAACAAGGACCAGGUGCUACUGAAGAGGAUCCUUUUGAUUUUUUGCGCAACCAACCGCAGUUUGUGCAGAUGCGUUCCUUGGUGUGCGAAAAUCCGGACUUAUUGCAUGCAGUUCUGCAACAGAUAGGACAUACUAAUCCUGCUCUACUACAACUAAUAUCGGAAAAUCAAGAUGCUUUCUUGAGCAUGCUUAAUCGGCCAAUGGAACGACAUUCUGAUGACACUAGUCCUAGUCACCAAUAUCCACGUCGUAUGACACCAGGGCGACGUGCACAACUAGCAGCUGCGGCGCGUGCUGCAGCCGGAGGGGAUGGCUUUCAUGUUCAUGCGCUGGAUACUGCCCCAGGUGCUGGUGGGGAUGGCCCUACAACACGCGAACAUCCUACAGAUGGUGGCGAUGCGGGAGCUGACAGCAUUCUACGUGAGAUUUUGCCACCUCGCACAGACAGAGCAGCAGAGCGGCGUCGUGCUAUUGCCGAAGCCUUCAUGCGGGAAAGAGCUGCUGCUGCUGCUGAAGUGGCUGCAUUAAUUGCUGCUCCUCCUGCUAUUGCUUCUUCGAAUUCUACUGCUGCUGCUCCUACCGAUUCUGCUGGCACUUCUAUCGCCGUUCCGCAUGAUACGGGCUCAAGCGUAGGUGGCAAUACAAACAUACCUGUAACAGAAACUGUGUCUGUUUCUGAACCACCUGUUUUGGAGAGAACCGCCGAUGGCCAAAGUUCUUAUGUUAUUCGUCUAACUGCAGAAGAUAAAGAUGCUGUUGAACGCCUUAAAGCUCUCGGAUUUGCAGAAGCACUAGUAUUGCAAGCAUAUUUUGCUUGCGAAAAAGAUGAGCAAUUAGCUGCAAACUUCUUGAUAUCUACAUCAUUUGAUGACUAGAAAGAGAUACCAGAAAUCUAAACAAAAUCAACUAAUUUUUAAGCAACACCUGCUAUGUCAUAUGAUUAACGACAGCACUGAAUUCGUUUCUCAUGAUUUGUUUUUUUUUUUCUUGUAUUUAAACUGAUCCUCCGCUCUUUUGUAAAUAAACGUGUUGAAAUUUGAACUCUUUUCGGCUUCCUCUACUUAUGUAAUAGCGGAGCGCUAUAUGGAAGCAAAUGCGACAAAAAAUUCUAAAAAAACUUAAACUUGGGUUAUUAUGGGUUUUGUUACAGGAUGAACUGUAUUUUAAUUGAAAAUUCCUAAAAACAAAUAAAUAAACAUGAGUGGGAAACAA